AACAGAAAAAAAACUAAUAAAUUAAAAGAACAAAGAAUUUGAGAAUGAUUUAAAUAGUUGAAGAGAGGAGUGAGUAAUAAUAAUAAUAAUAAUAUGAAAUUGAUGGAGUUUCACAAAGAAUAUGGGAAGAAGUUGCUAAUUAAUAUAGAUAAGAAAUAUAGUCGUUACAACUCUAAUUGUGGCAGAAUAGUGUUGAUAAGAUGUUUUAAAAGUCGAAUGGAGUUCCGAAGAAAUUUUUACAAAAAUUAAAGAUGAUGAAAAUGGGUAAAUCAAACAGACAAUGCAGUAUAUGCUGUAAUUAAUUCUAAAAAGAUGAGCUAAUUAUAUAGCUGCCAUGCAAACAUAUAUAUCAUAAAUGUUGUGUUGAUUCUUGGCUUCAAAGUAGUACGAAAUGUCCUAAUUGUCGAUCAGACGUCUUAGAGGCCCUAAAGAAUUAGGAGAAAUGAUUUACAUUUCUAUGGACAAGAUUAUAUAAAAACAAAAAAAUUAAUGCAUACAAAUACUGAUUGCUUUGGAAAACUUUACAAUAUUCGCUUUGACUCUGUCCUCUAAAAUAAUUGGAAGCAACAAAGUAAUUCUAUACCAUUACAAAAAUUCAAAUUAUUUUCUUUAAAUGAGUUACUUCAAAAUAUUCAGUUUUUUUAUAUUAAUUAAUUUGGA